GAAUAUGCUCCCGCAGUUUGUCGGUUAAAACCCGGGACACCCUGUAUACACGACGUAUGUAACUAGGUACCUCCCAGUGGUAACAGACCUGGAGACAUAAAAAAGUGGAUUAUGAGAUCGCUCCAUAAUUUGCAACUGAGUUAUCUGGAUCUAUACCUGGUGCAUACUCCGUUUGCGUUUGAAGAAGCUGGGGAUGAUUUGCAUCCUCGUAAUGAAAAAGGCGAAAUAAGAAUGGACGUAAACACGGAUCACUUGAAAGUAUGGUCGAUGAUGGAACAACAGGUUCAGGAGGGACGUACAAGAGCGAUCGGACUGUCCAAUUUUAACGUGACUCAAAUAAAACGUAUCUUGGCUAACGCUGAGCUGGCGAUCUCAAACUUGCAGAUUGAAUCGCACCUGUAUUUCCAGCAGAAGGAAUUGGUGAAAUUUUGCCGGGACAACAAAAUCAGCGUAACAGCGUAUUCGCCUCUGGGUACGCGUGGAUAUGUGAAGCAAGUCGGAAUGACAGAGACCAUACCUAAUAUGUUGGAAAAUCCCACCGUGUUAGAAAUGGCAAAAGCAUACAAUAAGACUCCUGCUCAAAUACUGCUCAAAUUUAUCGUCCAAAGGGGCAUAAUAGCCAUACCGAAAAGCACAAAUCCUAAGAGAAUUCAAGAGAACAUACAAUUAUUUGAUUGGGAAUUGGAAGUUAAGGAUAUGGAGAAGUUAAGAGCUCUUGACAUGGGAGAAUCAGCGCGCAUAUGUGAUUUCAGUUUCAUGAAGGGCAUUACAGAGCAUCCAGAGUUUCCUUUCUAAUGUUAUGCAUUAAUCUCUCAUCUCUCAUGUUUAUGUUAUUUUAUUGCUUCUUAUGUUAUGUAAUGUAAAAACUGUUAUCUUAUGUAGAAAAUGUUAUCACGUUAAAUUUCUACAGUAAUUAAUGUUUCAAUGCCUUUUACUCUUAUAGAGAUUUUUGAACGUGUUGAAAUAUUUUGUUGCACAUCGUGUAAACGCAUAUAUUGUACUUACUGUAUAAUAAAUAGAAGAUAUUAAUAUAACAGAUAUUAAUAAUUAAUAUCAAUAUUUAAUUCAGAAAAAUCAUGGUUAUAAAAUAAUACAAGUAAGUACCAUGUAACCGAAUUUAUAAAGUAAAUUGCAAUUGACUUCUUGUAAAAAUUACUGUUUACACUAGAUAUUAAUUUUCAAAA